GUGCCUCGCUCUUGUGACAUUUUGUGAUCAUUAAAAUCAGCAGGCACUGAGGGCAUCAGCCACGAGUAUUUAAGUGUGGAGAAGAUGUGACUGAUAUUCAAACCGGGGAAAGACGAGGAACCACAAUCGCACCUCUGUGUCCAUUCCAGCUGUAGAGCGCUGAGAGAAUCACCCCUGAGCCAUGCGUCCUCUCGUGGUUUCUGCCAUCUUACUUCUGGUGUCUCUGAUGCACAUGGCGGAGGCUAAUGAGGCUACAAUUGCUAGAAUCUGUAAGGAGCGGUAUCCCCAGAAAGAAUGUCCGGGGAGUAAGGAAUGGUUCCAGCUGGAUGACAAGCGAUGCAUGAAGGUCACCACACAACGUAUGACCUUUCCAAAUGCAGAGAGACACUGUAAGUCACAAGGUGGGCACCUGGUGUCCAUUCAUAACGUUGAUCACUACAACAGAGUGCUGUGUUACGUGUUCAGUAUAUCUCGUGAACAAGUGAGAUUUUGGAUCGGGGCCAGGAGAGGGAGCCAUGGAUUUUAUUGGGUUGAUGGAAGUGGACACAUGACGUUCAGCAGAUGGGCGAGACUCCAGCCAGACUGGCGUCCCGGCAGCCACUGGUUUAACAGGGAGCACUGUGUCGAGAUGAAUUACGAGACUUGGGGACACUGGAAUGAUGAAAACUGCAAUUCCAGGAGAGCCUUUAUGUGUGCCAAAAACAUGUGAUCAUCAUCAGUAAUGUUUGAUUGACAAGAUGAUCUUUUAAAAUGUGCUGCAGUUGGGUUUGUUUCAUGGUAACCACUGCAAACAUGCAGCAAGUUUUUAAAAUUGUUUUAAAAAGUGCUUGCAUGCACUCUCCUCCUCACU